AUGUCAUUUUUACGAAAAUUUUCUAGUGACUUUAUUAGCGGAACAAGAAGAAUUUCCACAUGUAAAUUUUUUUCGCGAAAUUUUACUGCGGCGACUGCCACGGGCGUGAAUAUAAUGGCAUCAAGUUUGUCGCUAUCGUCAUCGAAUAUCGGUAAAAGAAAUUUCACAUCAACGACGAAAAAUAAUGAUGAUGGAUUGCCAAAGGAUCAUCCGGUUUGGAAAUUGGGCCGUCUCAAUCAUAUAGCAAUCGCUGUUCCUGAUCUUGAAAAGUCGUCAAAAUUUUGGCGUGAAGUCAUGGGUGCAGAAUCAGUUAGUGAAAUAAAGCCACAACCAGAUCAUGGUGUUUACACAGUAUUCGUGAGUCUAGGUAACACAAAAAUAGAAUUGCUUGGGGAAUACAACGAUCGAUCACCGAUCCACAAUUUUUUGUACAAGAAUAAGAGUGGAGGAAUUCACCAUGUUUGUAUUGAGGUGGACGAUGUAAAUGUCGCAGUAAAAGAUCUCGUCUCGAAAAAUGUUCGAUCUCUUGAUCCCGAACCGAAAAUUGGUGCCCACGGGAAGCCAGUCGUGUUUCUGCAUCCAAAAGAUUGCGGUGGUGUGUUAGUCGAGUUGCAACAACAAAAUUAA